ACCCGGAAAUGGUUCAAUGUGACGCUACAUAACUAAAUCCCUUACAUGACCCUGAGACGCUGAUUCAAACGAGAUGUACAUAAGAUGAUCAGUGUCCGGAAUGGCUCAAACAUUAGUGCUCGGUUCCGCGCGUCGUGGGAUCUUCAAGCAGAUCGGCUGGACCAACUGGAGUAUAACAUCCGGCUUCGUGCCACGCAGACGGCUGUCUGAAGUGAGAACCUCGACUCUGACUCCAAAGACGGGCGUGCCCCCGGAGACGGACGAGGUGAACAAUGAACCCAUCAAGUUCUCCACCAGCCAGGGCAGCCACCGGACCUGGAGGGUGGACCGCACCAUGGGGAUCCAGCACCAGCGGCCCUGGUGGAAGGUCCUGCCCGUCAGCCUGGUCGCGGUCGGGUUCCUGUUGUGGUGCGCGUUCCGGGAGGAAACGGACGUGGACCUCAUGCUGCAGAAGGAUCUCUACGAACAUUUACCUGGUCUGCUCCCAGAUGAGAACCAACAACCACCUGGUCCGCUUCAAGUCGAGGAUAAACCCACACCGUAGUCAACGCAUUGGACCUUUGUCAUGUCGGUUAUAAGAUAAGCCUGCCUUAAAUUAUAUUGUUUAGUAUUCGAGUUAGUCCAAUUCUGAUGAAGGUGGGGUGUGGACCGCUGUGGACCGCUGUGGAUUUUGGUUGCAUUUGAACUGUAUCGUGUGUUUGGAAGCCGGGGCAGAAGGCCUGGGGUCUUCUGGUUAACCAUGCUUUGUGCUAGGGGUUAAAUAAAAUAUUUUGCUGUAAUAAAAGACAAAUUGAG